AUGGCAGCAGACGGCAUCACUCGCAAUGCAGAAGACCAACUUUCUGCAGACACCAUUAGAUAUGCACAAAUCCAUCUUGUGCCGGCUUUGUUCGGCGCCCUGUCCAUGCACACCAUCGAAAUCUGCCGCAAGGACUCCAUUCGCCGACAGCUUGCGGAGAACAAGUCGCGCCAAUGUCUUUUGGCGUUGGGCGAAUUAUCAAAGUCCUGGCCAGUAAGGAUCUGGAUCUCGAAAUCGUUCGUCAGUCUGAUGACGAGAUUGACUGGCCAAGAUUCAGCCCCUUCUGGCGGUGCUAUUGUCAGAGUAUCCACAAGCAUUCACCCUGCAAGCCCAGAUGGUCAGUCUCCUCACGAGACUGUUUAUGACAACCAGUCCGCUUCUGGUGUUGGAGAUGGACACCAGGACACGACAUCAACGCUCAACAACGGCUCAGAAACUCAGAAUUUUGACCCUUAUGACGUCCCUCAAGCAAACCCUCAUCUCUUCUACGACAGCUUUUGGACUUCGUACCUCGACAAUGCCUUUGACGUGGACUUACUCAUCCAUCCUAAUUCGGGUCUUUUUUGA